AUGCUUCGCCGCAAACCCACGGCGCUCACAAUAACCAGCGAAGACAUUGCCGCGUUCGAGGAACAACUCGCCCGCAAAGUCGCCUACGCGCGCUACCUCAAGACCGGCGAAGACCCCGAGGGCUACUUUCGCAACGGAACCGCAGGUCACCAGCACCGGCAGCCCGGUCACGAUCACGAUCACGAUGCGCAGAUGCAGAUGGGCGGCGGCGCCCGACGUGACGCCUCAUCCAAUGCAACUGGCGGUACGAUUGAUCCCAAUGACGAACUCAAGCCGUUACCGGGAGACAAGGCGCGGAUAGUGAGGAGUCGCGAGGACAGAAUAAUGGGUAUGGGAAAUCCAAGAUGA